AUGCCGUUCGGCAUUGGCGGCAAGAAUGCCAUUCAUGCCGUUGACAAUGCUUCGCCUCAAUCGACAUCUGGGUCUCAGUUGGCCUCAUUAGUUAUACCACAAAAUGCCCAAGAUUCCGCGGCAGCCCCGUCGGACAUUAUUCCAAUAGUCAGGGAUAUCAAACCGGAACCUCCGAAAUCAUGGAAGGAUAGCAUAGCCAGCAAUCCUCUGCUGACAGCCGGAGUCGGUGUCGUCGGCUUCACAGCCAGCUUGGCAGUUGCUCGCAAGUCUGUGAUGUUCCUGGCUGAUGCAGUUAAACGACACUACUUGAUAAAGCUAGAGAUACCUAUUCGGGAUCAGUCAUAUGCUUGGUUCUUACAAUGGAUUCAUCAGCACCAACGGAACCUCGCACAAGCAAAUCGUGGCGGAAUAGCACAGGCAGAUGCACCACACGUAUCGCCAUUCAGGUCUCCAAUCAAAUACUUGUUUACCCGCUAUACACCACGGACCCAUUAUCUCUCAGUAGCAACAACACUGUCUCAACAUGAGAACGGAAGCAUUAGCACAUCGUUUGCUUUACUACCGGGUAUCGGCAACCACAUCUUCCGGUACAAGAAUGCAUUCAUUCGAAUGGAGCGUACCCGAGAACUUAAGAAUCUUGAUCCUCAGGGUAUCCCAUGGGAAACCAUCUCUCUAACAACUCUUUACGCUCAUCGGAACAUCUUCACGGAACUUCUAUCUGCCGCACAAGAACAGGCAUUAAAGAGUCAGGAGGGAAAGACGACAAUAUACACAUCCUGGAUGACAGAAUGGCGGACAUUUGGGCAACCAAGGACGAAAAGACCCUUGAGCUCUGUUGUCCUAGAUCAAGGCAUCAAGGAGAAGAUUGUUCAGGAUAUCAAUGACUUCCUAGCUUCUGGCAAAUGGUACCAGGACCGUGGUAUUCCAUACCGUCGUGGCUACCUACUCCAUGGCCCCCCCGGUAGUGGCAAAUCUAGUUUCAUAAAAGCUCUAGCUGGAGACCUUAGCUAUGAUAUAUGCCUCGUCAAUCUUUCAGAACGAGGUCUCACAGACGAUCGAUUGAACCACCUUCUCAGUAACAUGCCAACGAGGAGCAUCGCUCUACUAGAAGAUGUCGAUGCGGCGUUCAACAACAGGAAGCAGAAGAACGAAGAAGGAUAUUCAGGCGCCAACGUUACGUUCUCCGGCCUUCUAAACGCGCUUGAUGGGGUUGCUAGUAGCGAGGAAAGGAUAUUGUUCCUGACAACAAAUUACAAGGAGAAGCUAGACGAUGCAUUGGUUCGACCUGGAAGAGUUGAUAUGGCUGUGGAAAUUGGGCUAGCAACAGAGUGGCAAGUAGAGAGGAUGUUCCAACGGUUCUAUGGUGACGAUGAAGCAGAGCUUGAACCUGAGAGAAGGGAGAGAGUCAAAGAGCUCUGUCAGGAAUUCAUAGAUGUCCUAAGAGCGUCUGGGGCAUUUGAAGGGGAAGGAAAGAGCGGCAUCAGUACUGCUGAACUGCAGGGAUUGUUUGUCUAUCACAAACAUAGUCCUGAGGAUGUUGUGGCUACUGCCAAAGCGAUGGUACAAGCUAAGCAGGGCAACUAA